AGUUGGCCGGCGGCCCGCGCUCUCUGCCCGCCGGCAGCAGCGCCGCCGCCGCUGGUGUGUGCCAGUGUUGGUGGCAGUGGCGGCACGCGGUGGGACGCUCCCGGAGCCGCGCGGUCGGACGCACGGUCGGACGAGUGGCCGUCGGGCUCGGAGCGGACGCAGAGUGGCCGCCGGCGCCGCCACCGGACUCGCCAGCACUCCAGACAGCCAGGCAGAGCACAGGCCGGGUCUCAGGUGUUGUUCGGGGCGGCGGCACGUGGCCGGGCCGGCGCACAGCUGCUGGUCGUCGUUAGCCGCUGACACAAGUGUUGCCGGCCAGCGCAGCCGCCUACACACAGCCGGCCGGACGGGGAGCCGCCGCCGCCGCCGCCGCCGGCGCGGCCGCCUGCAUGUGUGAGCUCGGCGCAGUCAGCUGACGACGGUCGGCGCCGCCCGCCGCGUCCCCAUGUCGCGUCUCGCGCCGCUGCUGCUGCCGCUGGCGGCGCUGAGCGGGGCCCAGGCCGCCGCCACUAACGGCUCCAGCAGCAAGGAGCAGCGCUGCCAGCCGGGCCUGAUUCUGCCCGUCUGGGAGCCGCAGGAUGGCCUCAGCGGCGGAGAUGUGUUUGCCCGCGCGCUGGUCUACUUCUUCACCCUCAUCUACCUCUUCAUUGGCGUGUCGAUCGUGGCCGACCGCUUCAUGGCCUCCAUCGAGGUCAUCACCUCCAAGGAGAAGGAGGUCACCGUCAAGAAGCCCAACGGCGAGACGCAGAUUGUUGUUGUGCGAGUCUGGAACGAGACGGUGGCCAACCUGACGCUGAUGGCUCUCGGCUCGUCCGCGCCCGAGAUCCUUCUCUCAAUUAUUGAAAUUUACGCCAAGAACUUUGACUCUGGCGAGCUGGGUCCCGGCACUAUUGUGGGCAGCGCCGCCUUCAACUUGUUUGUCAUCAUCUCUCUUUGUGUAUACGUCAUCCCCGACGGAGAGGUACGCAAGAUCAAACACCUGCGGGUGUUCUUCGUGACGGCCGCCUGGUCCAUCUUCGCCUACGUGUGGCUGUACCUGAUCCUGGCAGCCAUCACACCGGGCAGAGUAGACAUCUGGGAGGCGGUGCUGACGCUUCUCUUCUUCCCGGCCACCGUGGCCACCGCCUACAUCGCCGACCGGCGCAUGCUCUUCUACAAGUACAUGCACAAGGACUACCGCCUGAACAAGCGUGGAGUGAUCGUCGAGCAUGAGGGCGUCGAGAUGGACAAGACGAACCACGUGAUCGGCGGCGAGCUCGAGCAGCUCGAGGAGGAGCACGUCGACGAGUCGGUACGUGAGUUCGAGGAGAACCGGCGAGAGUACAUCACCAUCCUGCGCCAGCUGCGCAAGAAACACCCCAACAUGGACAUGGAGCAGCUGGAGCUGAUGGCCCGCGAGGAGGUCCUCAACAAGGGGCCCAAGUCGCGCGCCUUCUACCGGAUCCAGGCCACGCGGAAACUCACCGGUGGUGGAAACCUGAUGAAGAAGGCUCUUCAGGCCGAGAAGAAGGAAGAAGCACAAGAAAUAGAGGAGGUGAAAACGGAAGACAGUCACAUCAUCAAGGUGUUCUUCGACCCGGGUCACUACACGGUGAUGGAGAGCGUCGGCGACUUCGAGGUGACGGUGAAGCGCGAGGGCGGCGACCCGAACCAAUGCGUGCUGGUCGACUACCGCACGGAGGACGGCUCGGCCAGUGCCGGCAGCGACUACGUGGCCGUCGCCGGCACCCUCUUCUUCGGGCCUGGAGAGACGCUGAAGACGUUCAGCGUGGCCGUCAUCGACGACGACCUCUUCGAAGAGGACGAACACUUCUACGUCAAGCUGAGUAACCUGCGGCUGGCGGAGCGCGACGGCCUUCCGCUGACACAGACCAACGGCAGCGCCGGCCGACGGUUCUCCAUGCCGGAGAUCAAGCUGGCCGCGCCGUUCGUGGCCACCGUCAUGAUCCUGGAUGACGACCACGGAGGCAUCUUCAACGUGGCCGAGAAGGACAUUGAGAUCGUCGAGUCGGUGGGCUCGUACAACCUGAAGGUGGUGCGGUGGUCGGGCGCGCGAGGCCGCGUCGCUGUGCCCUUCACCACCAUCGAGGGCACGGCCAAGCCCAACAAGGACUAUGAGCACACAGAGGGCGAGGUCAUCUUCGAGAACAACGAAACUGAGCAAUACAUCACAAUUCCGAUCAUAGAGGAGGACAGCUACGAAAAGGACGUCUUGUUCUACGUUGAGCUGCAGGAGCCUCGCUAUUUGUCAGUGGACGGCUACCCAGGCGGCACACUGGACUUCCAGGACAAAAACCUCAACGACCUCUCCGAGGAGGAGAAAAUCGCGCUCCUAGGAAAGCCCAAACUAGGAGAGUCGACGCGAUCGCAAAUUAGGAUAAAGGAAAGCAAAGAGUUCAAGAACACUGUCGACAAGCUGGUGCAGCGGGCAAACGCGUCAUUCGUGGUGGGCACCUCCUCCUGGAAGGAGCAGUUUAUCGAGGCUCUCACCGUGUCAGCAGGCGAUGAUGACGACGAUGACGAAGAAAAGGAGGAAGGCGACGCCAGCAGCGAGGACGAGAAGUUGCCCAGCUGCGGCGACUACAUCAUGCACUUCGUCACCGUCUUCUGGAAGCUGCUCUUUGCCUUUGUGCCGCCUACAGACGUGUACUCUGGCUAUCCCACUUUCGUGUUCGCCAUUCUGGGCAUAGCCGGUCUGACGGCCUUCAUCGGCGACGCGGCAUCGCACUUCGGCUGUACGAUAGGGCUGCGCGACACGAUCACCGCCAUCUCGUUUGUGGCGCUGGGCACGUCUGUGCCAGACACCUUCGCCAGUAAGGUGGCAGCCGUCCAGGACAGGUACGCUGACGCCUCCGUCGGCAAUGUCACCGGCUCCAACGGCGUCAACGUCUUCCUGGGCAUCGGCGUGGCCUGGAGCAUCGCCUCCAUCUACCACUGGGCCACCGACUCCAUCUUCGAGGUCGACCCCGGAAACCUGGCGUUUUCAGUGACGCUGUUCUGCUGCGAGGCUGUGUUGGCCAUCGGUCUGAUGCUGCUCCGCCGGCACCCGCGAGUCGGCGGGGAGCUCGGCGGACCGCGCAGCAUCAAGAUCGCAUCCUCGUUCUUCCUGUUCUUCCUGUGGGUGUUCUACAUCGCCAUGUCCGCCCUGGAGGCGUACGAGAUACUGCCCAAAAUGAACGAAUAACUGUACUGUGGCGUUCGCCGGCGCGACAGCAAAUGGUCGCGCCGGUGCCGAGUGUCAACUCAUGAAGCCGCGCUGGUUGUCAAGACCCGGCGUGGAUUUUAGUGGCUCCCCGAGAUUCAGACGGAGGAGCCAGCCUCCGCCAGCGUGACCGCCGGCGCUGCAGCCCGCGACCCGCAGCCGGUCUGUGGCUCAGUUACGAAUUGUUACGCCCCGACGAGGCAGCUAGACACGGACAGACAGACAAACCGUCAGCCGCGUCUGUGCAAUAUGGCCACGGACACAGCGUGAGCUGCAGCGGGCGGGGAGAUGUAGUGUGUGACAUGCCAGCCGUCAGGGCUGUUCCAUUGGUUCUAGUCAGCCAGCCAUUGUAUCGUCAUCGCCGCUGGACUCCCCGCGCGCGCUGCUGCGUUUUAAAAUACCUUUUUUCGAGAUACCCAUGUAUUUAAACACAUCCUCAAUGGUUCUCAUAGCGUCUCAACCCGGAUGAGAUUCGUACAAGUCGUGUUUUGUUUCUUUUUUGUUUGCAUGGAGCAUUCCUGUACACGAGUCUGCAGUUACCUUCUGUUUGGCGUGGGGAGAGCUCGUCCACCAGCAGUCAUAACUGUACAUAUUAACAUACGCGCGCUGUUGAGGCGUCCCAUCGGUCACGACUGCAGUACAUCACCUAGAUAGUCUAGUUAGGUGGAAGGCAGCUCAGGCCCUGGCGCGGCGCCGCUUUAUUUCCUAUCUAUCUAUCUCUCUGAAUUGUGUCAUGCGGUAAGGUGUGAGCUCCGCGUCCCGGCCCCUUGAGUGAAGCAGUGCCGUCCCGACGAUCGGUGGCAGCUCUGCCGUCCGCCGUGCGAGCCCGCCCUGCCAUUCCGCUCCAGCGUCCCUGGUUUUUCUUUCUCUCUAUCUCUCGUGUGUGACUCCCCAGUGCGGGCGCGGGGCAGUGGCUGCUCGGAGCCGGCCGCGCGCGGCGGCGGCGCCCCGUGCGGUGCCCCGCGCGGGACUCAUGCGUGGCGCGUGUGUGUGCGUGGGUGUAUUGUGGGUGCGGGUGGGUGCCAUGUGGGUGCGGGAGGGUGCGUAUGCUCCCGGUUUCUGUGGAGUGCGGCGGGUCAGAGCGCCUUUGGUGGACGGAGUGGACAGUGGCCCUCCAAAGUCUCCGGGUCCAGCCGGGCAGUCACGUGGUCCGCAGAGAGCACCGCGACCGGUGUCUGUACCGGGCUACCCUCGGCUGUUUGCUCAGCUGUUUGCCGGACAGCCAGGCUGGUCAACAUACUGCCCAGAUUGGAUGCCCGGAUAGUGCGGCGGAAAACGUUACUCGACCAACACAGAUGGACGCAUUAUCUCAGAUGCCUUAGCUCGCCGCAAAAAUGGGUAUACAGCGCCUGAACAUCUCCUGGGCUUUUUGCGACCAUCACGAAUUUGAGCGCCCGGUGUGCGCGUAUCGGUGAGGCUCUGUGUACCGCGUCUGGGUCCCGGUUUGCCGCUGUUGGGCCAGCUCGCGCUGCCGUGUUCUGCGCUCUGCUGCGGAGGGUGAGCCGGAGCCGCCGGCUGGCCGGGGCUGCUGGCCGCCCCCGCACGAUGUCUGUGUGUGCCGGCGUCCCGAGCGUGCUGAUCGGCCCACAGAGGCCGCCCCCACAGUCCGACCCAUCCCAAGACCACCGGGGACAACAGGCACUGAUCGAUGUAUCAUUUCAAUAUAUUUCUAGUGCCA